AUGUUUUUCUUCCACACGUUUCCGACCGUCGUGCUUUUACGACAACAAUGUGCGGGGCUUCUCGCUUCUUUUCAGGCAGGCAGCAGACUCAGACAGGCGCCCGUCCGUGUGGACAACAGGGGGAAGAGCUUGUCCAUUGUGCCGUUGAGAGAGACAGCGGUUUAGGCACGAUUUACGCCCUAAAUGUCGCAAUUGUUCCACAGCGUUUCGGUGUGAUGUGCUAUUUGCGCUUUAGAUCGGUCGCUUCGCCGCGUUUUCAAUCAAAUAGUCGCAAAAUAAAGAAUACAAAUGGCUCUCGACAGAUAUAAUUUGUGAUAGAAAGGGACAGGUUUAAAGGGACAGUGUCACUCUGCUUCCUUCCUGGUUCCUGUAGCUCAACGCGAGGCUACACAUUUCUACAUAUACGCGACGUGUUUAUAUCACCAACGAUGCCGUUGGACGGGGACACCCGCAUACCGAUGUGAUGUCCGCGAGAUUUAGCAGCCGCUCAGCAGAGCAAAACAUCAUGUAGAAGGACACCAUGUAAGUUGAUGCCAGCGAGGAUUCUAGACUGACGGGAUGAAUUGAAUCAGCGCGACAAGGGAAGAGCCAACCAGCACUGUUGGAUGAGAACUGAUGGGCCGUCCAAGCUGGCGAUGCCAACUGCAAAAGAUAAAGGUGGUUCAACGUCCCACCGCUACCGGCCGGCCUCAGAAUACGAUGAUGCCACCCUCACCCAAAAGAGACAAUACUGGAGAACCAAGAAACGAGAGCAGAGGGCCCGACUGACGGAGCGCAGAGGCAAGGGAACGCAAGGCGGAAAGCUCCUACACCUGCAUGCCCCUGCAGUGGUAAAUUCUACUUUAUCCGUCCCUUUUGUUGCUUUCUCUUCUCCUUUGCAGAGUAAUGACUCAUGCAAAACAGUUGCUGUCUCUUCUGCGUCACAGAGUGGAAAUACAGUCGGGGGCCGCUCAGUUAAAGCCACUGAAAACCAAAAGGAGAAGUGGCUCCAUACAAUGAAACUUGACAGGGUCUCGCAUCAGUUGCCAGCAUCAUGUUCCAUCUCAGCCAAAGCUGCUAGGGGCAACACAGCCACAGCGAGGCGUGCUGUGAGCAGAGCCGUUACCUCACCCACACCCAGUGGAACCCAGUUGAACACCCGUUCCUCAGUGCCUCCAUUCAUAGUGACCAGAACUACCAAUGGCAGCUCCGCUGAAACAACGCCUCAGUCCUGUGUGUCUAUGCAGGACGCAUCAGUCCCCAAAACACAACAUAAGGCACAAGUUGGGUUACGCAUUCAGCCCAAACUCUUACCCACCAAUGUGACCACAGGCAUGAUUCUUAUGUCUUCACAAUGUGUGCCAGACACUAUAAAGACAGAGGGCAGAACAGCGAACGCAACACCUCAAAGAGGAACAAAGAGUGCCUUGGUCACCUUGCAGAGGGUCAAAGGUGUUAGCAACUCCCAUUCUUCCCCAGAGCCAGAGGAGGAGAGAGCAGCCAAGCGCAGAGAGCAAUGGCGGAUCAAAAAGCGAGAGCAGAGGGCAAAGCUGGCAGCUCAGAUAGCUAAAGCCAGAGAAAGGACGCAGAGCGUGCAGGUGACAUUUCGGAGGCAAACAGGACAAAAAACAGGACUUGUGGGAGGCAAGAUUCUUCAGCAUCUUCCAUCUCAGUCGUUUUUGAGAGGAGCUGCCCUGAUACAGUGUCCUACUCAGGUCAAAACUUCAUUUACAUCUGCCAAAAGGGAAAAUGAUAAACGGCAAAGUGGGGCAGGAAGUUUAGCUACAGUUAACCUGCAAGCAGAUCGGAUUAAGGUACAAAAUCCACAUGGGAACAGGACAACACAGACAGCCAUCACAUGUGACUCUAUUUCUUUAAGAAAGCCAGGAGAGUCGAUGAGAAAGUUUACAGGUUAUAUACAUCUUUCUAAUGUUGCUCGAGGGAUAGCACGAUGUAAAACACCUAGGCAGAGGUUCAUCGAUGCCCAGAAGAAUUUCAUGAUUCAAAGAAACAUAAGAUGUAAAUCCCCAUUACUUGCUUCAGUCUUUGGUACCAGAAAUUUCCCCCAAAUCGACCCCAACGACACGCCUGAGCAGAUAAUAGCCAAACGGCGAGAGUACUGGCGGAUUAAAAAGCGCGAACAGCGAGCUAAGCUGUCGAUGGAAGUGAAGUCUCGGUUGAAGGACAGGGACUCUCUGAUGCGAAGAGUGAAACGUUACCAGUCAAUCCUGGAGGAGAUGAGGAGGGCCAGAGCACUGGCCCAGUCAGCAGGAAGCGGCCUUACCCACGCCUCUGAGACCAUUGGAGGGUUCAUCAAGGAGGACGGGACAGUGACCAUUAACAUUCCCCAGGUUCCUUCAGAUCACAACACAGAGUGUCAUGUAGUUCCUAAUAACACCCCCAUUACAAAACCUCAGCACCAACCUAAUACGAAACGAAGAGUUAUAACACCCAUUCGUGUAAACCAGCCCCCUCCUCCCCUCUGCCCAGCUCAGGUGAAAGUCUCUUUUCCUCUUGCUGGGCAGUCAGUCAACAAGCCUCCAAAACUAUUCCCAAUCAGACAAAAGACUCAAUUUGAAAGCAUAGCGGUUCCUAAUCCACACAAGUUAGCAAUCCAAACCGUUAGUCAGCUCACACUCACUCAUCCUCAAACCCCUCAAAAUGCCGUUUCUGGAGAAUCAACAGCGGGGUCCAACAUCGGGGGCUGUGUCAUGAAGAUGGCCAUCUCAAGUAAUGCAACAUCACUGUUGGCGCUCUCUCUGGAUUCAGAGUUGACAGAGGAGGAGAGGAUGGCAAAGAAAAGGGAGUACUGGAGGAUAAAGAAGCGAGAGCAGCGAGCAGCUCGUGCUGCUCGAUUGAAGCAGGGCGUCUUACAGGCCAGGGCCAGUGCGACCUUACAGAGGAGGAGGGCCCAGAAGCAAGUAGCAAUAACCACACCACCAGGCAGAAGUCUUCCUAACCAGACAGGAAAUGCACAAGCUCUCCCCAACAACAGUGUGCCAGUAACGCCACAUGCAAAUGAGAUAAAACAAGAGAGUGAGUCUAUGCCAGAAGUUGACCUAAAUUCUCAACAAGAACAAGCCAUCUGUCCAGAUAUCAAAGCCCCAACCUCCCCACCACCACCUCCAGUGCCUCAUGCGGAGCCUGACCCAGCUCUAAAUGCAGACAGCCAAGCUACCACUCUGCUAGCCGUAGCCUCUAUGAAGAAACUCCUGGAAGAAUCACUUAGUUCAGUGACAGAGUGUAGCAGUGAGCAGACUGCCAUUAAAACAGAGUCAGCGGAAGAGGCCUCAGAGCAAGAGAUGGAGCCAAAUUUACCUCAGAAUGAGUUGGCUCCUAUUGCUGCUGACUUGACUUUGGAGAUAAAAAGCUGGCCGCCGGAUUCCGAUGCCUUGGUACAGGCAUGUUCACCAAGCCCUCAUCUCAAGGACUCAUCCCAAAGUAGCGAGACACUCCCACCUCUUCCAACCUCUAGCGAGGUAGUCCUGCCUCCCACCUGCGAGCACUCAUCCCAAACCCAUUCGAACUUUAUAGUAAACCCCAACGUGGAAGCCUCUUUGCCACGCAGAACCCAGAGGCUUUGCACCAAAAAAGCAGACCAUCAAAGCUGCUGUUCCCCAGAGCCGCCAAAGCUACAUCACCUACCCAUGGAUCAACCACAGCAACAACACUGUAAACAACAGUGUGAACAACAGUGUCAGGCACAGGAAGAAUGCCGAAACAGCAACUCACGACCAGAACAAGGAUAUCUCAGUGUGGUGACCGAGCGCAGCGGUUUGUUCAGCCUGCAGAGGAGGAGGGAGUACUGGAAGCUGAUGAAGAGGCAGCAAAGGGCCAGGUUAAGGGCCAGGCAGAGGGACAGACAGGGAGAAUGCAGCAGUCGUCUCUCCCAGAAAAACAUUCAGGCUUCAGGUGUUGUUACUAUGAACACAGUUAAGGGUGUAAAUCCUCCAGGGAAACCAGCCCUCCAGCCCAAGCCCUCCCUAGCUUCUCUGACUGCAGUGACCACUAUCCCCUCUGUCCUGCUCGUUAGCCCAACAGCAUGCAAUGCUGAACAGUCACCUGACACACUCCAGUUCAAAUUGCCCGUCACCAGUGUCUCCUGUUCACCCAGAAGUAAGCAGAGCCAUGUGAACAUUGGACCUUCACAGAUCGUGUCCGACUGUCAAGGAGCUCAUGAGAAUCUGCAACAAGCCAUGCCAAGUUCACGAAAGUGGAUGUCCAGAAGCACAGACCUGGACUUGGCCCCCUCGCUCCCUACUCUGAAGCCCCCAGACAACCCACUGUCCAGCAUCAACUUUCAACCCAUUGAACCCCCUCUAACUCUAAAUUCCACCCUCAGUCCAAUAAAGAUCCCUUGUUCUCAGCUGCAGAGUCUCACACAUAUGAUACAUACUCCUACCAAGUUGGCAUCUAUAACCUCCAUGGUUCCACCAAAGCCCAUCCCAGGGGAGUCUGAGGAGGACUUUCUGAGGAGGAAGAGGGAGUACUGGAGGAUAAAAAAGAAGGAACAGAGAGCCAGGAAGGCCAUUCGGGACAAAGGAGUCAGCCCAAGGAGAACCUCCAACAACUUGAAGCCCAUUCUGCCUGCCCAGGACCCACAAACACAGGAUUCUGGUCAGUGGGUGAGUUCCUCUGAGGAGUCUGAACAUCGAGUGAGCAAUUCAGAGGACACCGACCCGGUAUCAUUUUCAUUCUCAGGUUACACAGCAGCAGUCGAAGAUGAUUCAGAGCUUCUGUUCACCGACUAUGAGAAUAAUAACGGUGAGGAAGGUCCUGUCUCAGACGCCGUGUGGAGGAACCGCUACCUCAUGGACUACGAUCCGCUCAACCAGCUGCUGGUGUGCAUGGUGUGUGGGGAGCUGCAAUACUCCCACAGCCUGGAGGGAGUGAUGGCCCACAUCGACGAGGCCCACCCGGACACCCUGGCCCUGGAGCCCAGGGAGCAACGGCAAAUACUGGAGGCCUGGGACGAGCAGGUGUCCCAGAGGGAACGCUUCUUCACCAGCCAGCUCCAGCAGCACAGCGGGGCCCUGGAAGAAGCACACAGGAACUGAAGAGCAGAGGAGAGGACUGCAGGAGACAACUGAGGACCACAGACCAGGAGAGAAUGCCCACACUUUGUCUUAUUUAUUUAUUAUAAUUGUAUCAAUGUGUUUACCUUCAUAGAGAGUCACCUUGAAAGAAAAUGCUGUAUUGGGAACAUUCAUCCCAACGAGCAGCUUUACCUCAUUUCCUACCAGGUUUGUAAUGUGGGUUUAUGACAGUCGGUAUGGACAUUUUUUAUAUCGACGCUAUGAUAACUAAGAUUUUAAAGAACUACAACAUUCUGGUAAAUAGUCUUUGUAAUAAGCUAGGCUAAAAUCAUCCUGGACUUAUGAACACAGAGAAAAACCUAUAUUGAAAUAAUUUUAUAUUACUGCUCUACUUUCUAAAAUCUUCAAUUUUACCUUUAAGCCAUUUUAAUCCUCAACAACUACAAGCAGUCAGUGUUUCAGUGUUUGUGACCCCACAUGUAAUAUCUACCCACACUAGUUGAAAUGUUUCUCAUUGCUGAACUUAUAAUUACGUCCUAUAUUUCCCCUGACUGUGCCACUCUGCUCAACUCCUCUUCCUCACUACGCUACUUACUGUAGGAUGAAGCAGUUGCCAGUACAGUUUGGGAAAUAUUUAAUUCAAUUCAAUUUAUUUUGUAUAGCCCAAAAUCAUGAAUCACAAAUUUGCCUCAGAGGGCUUUAGCAUCUGUACACAUGCAUUAGCCACCAUAGACUGGUCAUACCAGACAAAGUAGUGUACUGAAAUUGAGCAAAAGUGUGUUGAUUUGCUUAUGAGUCCAGCUUUCAUUUUCGAAUAGGAUUCUGUUAUACCUUCGUUCAAUAGUUACAAAGUCUCGCUUUAAAACCAGACCGAUAAACCACCAUUAACUUAUGGAGCCACAGAGACCCAACUGACCUUAUUCAGUGAAGAGCAAACGGACAAAUGGACAUCAAACAUUGUUGAACAAAUCAACUAAUUUAUUCAAUGGGUUAAAAAAACAUCACAUCAUGCUGAACAACACUGACACAUUAAUAUGAAAUAGUUACAAUUCAUUAAACAGUCAAUUUAGAUUAUACCUAUAAGAAAAGAAACGGUGUGACACACACAACACAAGAGCUAAACCGUUCUACUAAACCGUUGCUCUUAGUUUUGUAUGAAGAUUUCCUCUGCUACACUGGCAGGCUUGCGUUCAGGUCCAAGGUUGUUCUAGACCCUCGUUAGUUGUUGGAUUGUUGCAUGGGUGUCCAGAACUGUUCUUCAAACCCCAAAGCUUACAUAUGUUCCUCCAUGACAACUAUUUGUAUUCAGACAACUUUCUCAAAUGUGUACAAACCUCCUGCAGUUCAUAUCAGCUUCACCAUGUGACAUAAAACAUCUAACGAACCCUCUUCACUGUAAAUACACAAAAUACUAAAGUGGUUGUGAGAUGUAUGAGACCGGGCGGUUUCACAAUAUUUGGAGCAAUGGUAUUCAUUAUUUAUUGAAUCUCCUCUUUUAUAUUGAUGAUGCAUUAUUCAUAUCUGUAGAGAGCUCCAUCUUAGAGAAGUUUCUCAUUUGUGAGUAUUGAGAGUCCAAGGCUUUCCUGCAUGAGUUAGUAAAAGGAGGAACAGUUGUGUAUCACUUAUGAUAUACAUACCCACGUUUUUGUACCAUUUUCAUUCAGAGUAAAAUGAUAAAGUUCUGUUCUGUUUGAGCACAAAGCUGUAUAGAAGACUGCCUGCACAGCUGCAACACGGUGUAAAUAGCUGGAAGUGACCAAGCUGGAAGCUACCUUCUGAGAAUGUAAUUCUGACUUGAUGACUUGUUUACCAGUUCAAAGGGAAUGUUUCAAUGCCUUUUCAGUAAUAAACCUUUUCUACCUUUGGGCUUAUUUCUUCAGAUCUUUUUUCACACAUAGAUUAUGUAAUUUUACCUCAGAUCAAAAUGUUCCAGUAUGACUGGAUAAAACUGUUGUUGGGGGGCUCUAACCUUAACCAUUCGAUGUUAAUGCUGAACCUCAACCAUCUUGCAAGAGUUCUGUAAAUUGAGGGUUACCAUGAUUUGUUCCAUUAUGGGCCAUGACUACCACAUGGCCCAUAAUGGAACAAAUCUAAUUUUAUUCAACCCUGCUUGCCAGGCAACAGCCUCCUAAAAAUGACGUUCCCAUCCAUCCAUCCAUCCAUCCAUCCAUU